UCUGGCCCCUAAUCAUUGUUGUUGUUUUUAAUCCAACCUCCAUGAACUUGCCAAACUGAAACAGCUCCAGACAAGAAAGAAUGACAAACAAUGAAGGGAGAGGGGCAUGGGUUCGAUGCUUGCUUAGCACAUUUGACAGCUGGAGUGUUGUUGGGGUAGUCAGCAGAGAAGACUGCUCACACGUGGGUUUAAGCCAAUAGAAAGUCUAUCAGCAAGCCGGCAACUACACAGCAUGUUCAGGACCUCAAUGUAGUCCUGAGCCUUCUUCAGGGUGAGCUUUUGAGCAUAAAAUCCAUGUCCUGGGUUGAUAUACGGUUAAUGAGAACAGUUAGCCAGAGGCAGAGCUACAGAAACCAAAGAGCAAGGUUAGUAGUCCAUUUAGAGACUUUCCUAUAACUAUGGUUGUUAUGGGCCUCUGGUUUGGUUUUGGAGGGUGAUGCUGAGUUUUACAGCCUAAACAGUAUCUCCAUCCUGGAGUCAGUUGUGCUAAUAUCUGGGGCCCUGUUACAGGAGGAGUCUCUGAAACAUCUGAUUUAAUCAAUCACUUUUCUUCUUUUAUUCAUAUAUUCAGUAAAUCUAACAAAGUGCUAAUGGUAUGUCAGGUAUCUCGCAGACCCUUGUUAUUAUUUUCAAGAGUAGUCCAAAUGAUUAGAAGUUCACCCUCCAAGGGGAGGCAGUAUAGCUUAGCUCCUUGAUUUACAGAGAAAAAACUGAACAACUCUCAGAAGAAAAACAUUCCUGGGCUGUCAGAAUAGCUAGCUGCUGUCUGACCACACACACACACACACACACACACACACACUCACACAGGGCUAAGGCUUCUCCUUUUCUUCCUGUUUCCCAUGACAUGGUUGAGGUCACAGUCAAAUUCUCAUGGUCAAGUGAGGCAAAGCCCUACUCAUUCAUAGCCACCAACAGAGCCUGACCCAUGCUGCCAGUCACCCGAGGGUGCCAACCGGUGAGUGACAGCCACUAGAUCAGAGACUGGCUCGGCAGCACAUUCUGUGAUACGCCUUUGUGGAGAGCUGCAGACAGCUUACCAGGACAGGGGCACCAAACUUAGGGAAACUCACCAGUGUUUACCUCGUCUCUGGAUGCUUUCUGGUAAUUCAGCCCUGUGAUGAAGUCUGGAUCCUGUGAUGAGGGGUGAGUAGGGGCCUUUUUGAAAACAAGCAAGCAAACAGACAAAAAGGGAGAGAUGAGGAGCCAUCUGUGACUGCUGUGGUAUCCCUGUGCUCAGUCAGUCCUGCUAUCUGUAGGACAAUUUUAAAGAGGCCAAUGGGAUUACCCAUAGGGGUCUGCUAGGGAUAAUAUCUGGCUAGAUUCUGCUGGAAAAUUGAACACUCAUUCUGUUCGUGAAAGGCUGGGUUCAAGUUCAGGCUCUGCCUCUCAGCUCUCCAGGGUCCUGCGAUGCAAAGCGCAGCUAAUAUACCUCCCUAAACACACCUGACCUAAAGUCAGGAUCACAGACACAAGACACGGCUCUGACAGAUACUAGCUGUCCAAUUUAAGCAGGCUCCUUACAUUUCCUUUUUCUCAGUUUCCCAGUCUUCAGGGGAGUGUUAUUAUGCUCUCACCUUCUUGGAUUCUGUGAAAGUAUAGACUGCAAGAAGCCUGCGGGGUGUGGACAAACACCAUAGAUAUAGAAGUCAGGCAUGAAUUCAGGUGUGCUAGGAACACUGGGCUGCGUCUUUCCAGCCCAAACUAAUCAAAAAUAGGAGUCACUUCAAUACAUAGAGAUUUUCUUUUUCUUGUACUGAACUGGUUGGUCUGGCCUAUCUUCCUAGGAAGCCUCAAAGGUGAUCUCCCAAAUGUGAACAAACUGAAGACCAGGCUGGUGUCCUCCUGGCUGCUCCAAGAUGCUGCAGCUGAGCCGGCUCGCGCCUGCCACCUGGUGUCACAGCCUACCUACUGCCUAGAAACCACGUGUAAGAAAGUGCUUACAACCUAACUACGCACGUUGGUUUCGACCGGCCCUAACCAAUACGGACAGGGAAGGCGGGGCAGAGAAAAGCAAAAGCCCAAUCACCGCCUACUUUCCAAGGAGAAGGUGGGGCUUAGUAUUUACCAUGUUGGGUUUGUCCGCAGCGCUAAUUACUUUUUCCAAAGGCUGCAGGGCUGCACUCCGGUUGGCUUCGCCGCCUCGCGAGUCCCUGCUCUAUCACUACAGUCUUGGGGGCUGCUGGUCCCAAGUACCAUGUGUGACGGCACCCUGCUGCCCCCUCUCGUCCUGUCCUUGCUGCUGCUGGUGUGGGGGCUGGACCCGGGCACAGCUGUCGGCGACGCGGCGGCCGACGUGGAGGUGGUGCUCCCGAGGCGGCUGCGCCCCGAGGACGUGCACCUGCAGUUGCUGCCGGGAGCAGCGGGGCUCCGGCGGUGGCGGCGACCGCGAGCAUCUCCAGGUGGCCAUCGAGCAGGGCAAGGAGAGCGCGCCCUGCUACUGCACCUGCCGGCCUUUGGGCGCGACCUAUACCUGCAGCUGCAUCGCGACCUGCGUUUCCUGUCCCCAGGCUUCGAGGUGGAGGAGGCGGGUGUCUCGGGGCGCAGCGGACAUCCUGCCGAGCUGUGCUUCUACUCCGGACGAGUCCUGGGCCACCCGGGCUCCCUCGUCUCCCUCAGCGCCUGCGGCGCCGCCGGCGGCCUGGUUGGCCUCAUCCAGCUUGAGCAGGAGCAAGUUUUCAUCCAGCCCCUCAACUCCUCAGGGGGCCCAUUCAUUGGAAGAGAGCAUCUGAUCAGACGCAAAUGGGCCUCCACCCCCAGCCCUGCUACGGAGGUGGAGGGACCGAGGCAGCGCUGCAAAGUAGUGACAGAAAAGAAGCCCAGGAAGGACCAUCUGUCUCGGGACUGGAGGGAAAGGAGGAAUGCCAUCCGGCUCACCAACGAACACACAGUGGAGACCCUGGUGGUGGCCGAUGCCGACAUGGUGCAGUACCACGGGGCAGAGGCUGCACAAAGAUUCAUCCUCACUGUCAUGAACAUGGUAUACAACAUGUUUCAGCACAGGAGCCUUGGGAUUAAAAUUAACAUUCAAGUCACCAAGCUGGUCCUUCUGAGACAACGCCCCGCCAAGUUAUCCAUUGGGCACCAUGGUGAGCGGUCCCUGGAGAGCUUCUGUCACUGGCAGAAUGAGGAGUAUGGAGGAGCACGCUACCUUGGCAAUAACCAGGUGCCAGGAGGCAAGGAUGAUACACCUCCUGUGGAUGCUGCUGUAUUUGUGACCAGGACAGAUUUCUGCGUUCACAAAGAUGAACCUUGCGACACUGUUGGAAUUGCUUACUUAGGAGGCGUGUGCAGUGCUAAGAGGAAAUGUGUGCUCGCCGAAGACAAUGGUCUCAAUUUGGCCUUUACCAUCGCACAUGAACUGGGCCACAACCUGGGGAUGAACCAUGAUGACGACCACUCAUCUUGUGCUGGCCGGUCGCACAUCAUGUCCGGAGAGUGGGUAAAAGGACGGAAUCCCAGCGACCUCUCUUGGUCAUCCUGUAGUCGAGAUGACCUUGAGAACUUUCUCAAAUCCAAAGUCAGUACAUGUUUACUGAUCACUGAUCCCAGGAGCCAGCAUGCCCUGCGCCUUCCACACAAGCUGCCAGGCAUGCACUACAGCGCCAACGAGCAGUGCCAGAUUCUGUUUGGCACCAAUGCUACCUUCUGCAAAAACAUGGAGCAUUUGAUGUGUGCUGGGCUGUGGUGCCUGGUAGAGGGAGACACAUCCUGCAAGACCAAGCUGGACCCUCCCCUGGAUGGCACUGAAUGUGGAGCAGACAAGUGGUGCCGGGCUGGAGAGUGUGUGAGCAAGACGCCCAUCCCAGAGCACGUGGACGGGGACUGGAGUCUGUGGAGCGCCUGGAGCAUGUGCAGCCGAACCUGUGGUACAGGAGCGCGAUUCCGGCAGAGGAAAUGUGACAACCCCCCCCCUGGACCUGGUGGCACACACUGCCAGGGUGCCAGCGUAGAACAUGCUGCCUGUGAGAAGCUGCCCUGCCCCAAGGGUGUGCCCAGCUUCCGGGACCAGCAGUGCCAAGCCCAUGACCGACUGAGCAGCAAGAAGAGAGGCCUGUUGACAGCAGUGGUGGUUGAUGAUAAACCCUGUGAACUCUACUGUUCACCCCUCGGGAAGGAGUCCCCGCUGCUGGUGGCUGACAGGGUCCUGGAUGGCACACCCUGUGGACCCUACGAGGCUGACCUCUGCGUGUAUGGCAGAUGCCAGAAAAUUGGAUGUGACGGCAUCAUCGGAUCUGCGGCUAAAGAAGAUAGGUGUGGUGUCUGCAGCGGGGAUGGCAAGACCUGCCGUGUGGUGAAGGGUGACUUCAGCCACUCCCGGGGGACAGGUUAUAUCGAAGCGGUUGUCAUUCCGGUUGGAGCUCGGCGGAUCCGUGUGGUGGAAGACAAACCUGCUCACAGCUUCCUGGCUCUCAAAGAUUCCAGUAAGAGAUCCAUCAACAGCGACUGGAAGAUAGAACUCCCUGGAGAGUUCCAGAUUGCAGGUACAACCGUCCGCUACGUGAGGAGAGGCUUGUGGGAGAAGUUCUCAGCCAAGGGACCCACCACAGUGCCGCUGCAUCUGAUGGUGCUGUUAUUUCAUGACCAGAAUUACGGAAUUCAUUAUGAGUACACCAUACCUGUAAACCAGAGUUCAGAAAACCAGAGUGAGCCCGCCAAGCCACAAGAUGCUCUGUUCCUCUGGACCCACAGCGGCUGGGAAGGGUGCAGUGUGCAGUGUGGAGGAGGAGAACGCAGGACUAUCGUAUCAUGCACACGGAUUGUUAACAAGACUACAACCCUGGUGAAUGACAGUGACUGCCCCCAAGCAAGCCGCCCUGAGCCCCAGGUCCGACGGUGUAACUCUCACCCAUGCCAGUCCCGUGCUCGUCCACCUGUGGGAAGGGGCUUCAGUCAAGAGUGGUCCAGUGUAUGCACAAGCUCACUGGACGCCAUGGCAGUGAGUGCCCGACUCUCUCAAAGCCAGCAGCCUACAGACAGUGCCACCAGGAGGUCUGCAACGAGAAGAUCAAUGUGAACACCAUCACCUCCCCUCGCCUUGCCGCUCUGACCUACAAAUGCACUCGGGACCAGUGGACGGUGUACUGCCGGGUCAUCCGAGAGAAGAACCUCUGCCAGGAUAUGCGAUGGUACCAGCGCUGCUGCCAGACCUGUAGGGACUUCUACGCAGAUAAGAUGCGCCAGCCGCCCUCUCCACCAAGCUCGUGACGGAUAGACGGCACAGUGCUUGCUCAGUGCUCUGACUCAAGGUCUGAGGCGUGGCAGUUAGUGAGUGGAGAGCCCUCAACCUAUCCAAAAAGCACACCAGCCCUGCAGCCAGGACCCCCAAAGCACUGCUCUGCUCCCACAAUAAGGCCACCUCAAGAAUCCAGUUGCCUAGAGCUAGAGAGUGCACUUGACAUUGCCAUUAGUCCUUUGAACGUAAUAUAUUCUUAACAGUCACUGGAUGGCUUUCUAAGGAAAAACGACACAAGAGUCAUCAAAUAAUUUUAAUUUCCAAGCUACACACACACACACACACACACACAGAGAGAGAGAGAGAGAGAAAGAGAGAGAGAGAGAGAGAGAGAGAGAGAGAGAGAGAACACAUUUAGUGCUUCUACUCUGGCUUUCUGUUGACAUUUGAAUUCCUCGGGCUCGGGCUUGAUGUAGCUUUGUGGAAACGAGAUACCACAUUAGAAGCCGCUCUGUCCUGAGAGCGACGACGCCCUGACCAACCACCUCUGCUAAUGGCUUCUCUGGAAGAGGGGUGAGCUGCCUUCCUACGAAUCCGAGAAUCAAGACUUGGUCUCUGCCCAUCUCAAAAAAACGUAGUCUCGAAAAUCCUUAGAAAUUGUCUUAGGAAUCUUGCCCCUGAGAGUUUGAAUCUAAAUAGCCCAACAAGAAAUCCAAUGCUACGCCACUCUGCCCGCCACCUGUGUGGGAGAACGUGUCCAAAGAGCUAGAUUUAGGAAGGAAUCUGCUUUUCAGAGCUCAACUGUGUAUCCCACAGGGAGACAUAGGAGCCUCUCUUCAAGGUGCUAUGAAACGGGACAUGCAUGGUCCACGGGUUGCCUCCUGACAUGAAGGCGCCCUCAGCUUCCUCAGGGGUGUGCCGGCUCCCAGUCUGCCUCCAGGCACAUCCACUCUGGCCUGCACUCCCUAGGGCUUUGUACCUUAUAUACAUGCUACACCUUGGCAACGUAGCUUUCAUUGACAUUGGCCUUUCCUCUGAAGGUAGGAUGAUGUUUGGCACAUCUGAGGACACACAUCAGUCCUGGGUUCUGCAGCAUAAGGCUUGAUUGACUUCAGUAUCUGGACACAGGGAAGAUGUGCCAGGACUCGUGGAGGAACACCAUAUGGCUGAAAUUGCUACACAUCCAUGAAGCCGCCUUCUAGCCAAUGUGCCACGAUUAGCACCUUCAUUGAUCAUCACUGUCGUUACUGACCCAUCUGGAUGUGCCAUGGAAAGGUCCUCUCUUCCAUUCCCAUGCCGUCACUCUCACCACAGAACUUAACCAUUUCCAGAAGGCUAGAGAAGUGCCAGACUGACUCUUCAAGAACAAACCAGCCUGAUAGACUCGAGGCUGCCCUGGGAGGCCGGCUUUGCUCUGCCUCUCAGAGGGUUUUCAUGGGUGCUUAUGAACCACCUUGAGAAGCCCAUCUUCUCCUGGUGUCAGACGGAAGCUCUCACCUCGGCCAGUUUCCAUGGGCUCAUCUUUAAGUGCUUCUUGAUUUAUUACUGGUGCUGUUUCUAUUUUUCUUUUGGGUUUUUAUUCUGUUUUGAUUUUUACUAGCCCAUCACAUAGACGUGGUCAGGGUGGCAGGAAAUUUGUUUGGUUCCACUUGAACUGAGAAAGGAGUACUGAGAAGACUCCUUAGGUGCUCGGAGAGUGUCAGGAUGAAGUCACCCACUGGUUGUCACCCCAGUGUUGUGCUAAACACUGCCCCCCAGCUCAGGCCUGGUCACCAGCACACUCCCUACACUAUUUUGAAAACCCACAAAUUCCAGGGAGCUUCAGAGGCAGAGGGGAAGGUGCUGUCAAUUUUCCCUUUGCCCAACAGCUUCUGUUAGCUUACCCAAAGACAUUCAUAUUUUAGAGACAGAUCAAUGAGAGCACCAGCAUAGCCAUCUCAGAGGGUCACACAAUCUUCCUUGUGGACCUGCAGAGGCAAACCGAGACAGAGCAAGUCCCCAUAGGUAUGCACUGUCCCUGGUGCCUCUGAUGUCCCCCCCACCACCACCACCACACACACCCCCCCUGCAGCCAUAAACGUUAAACCCCUCACGCAUGCGCUUUCCCAGCAAGUGCUGGCAUCGUCACCUUAAACUCCACCACGAUUUCAUUCUGCCAUCGGAGCUCUGGGGCCACAAUGGUGAUGCCCCUGUGUUAAACCCAUACUGUCACUUAAGUACUGUACCCUCAUGGUCCCACAGAUGUGUCCCUAGUGUCUCUCAGUCUUAUGGUGCUAUUCACACUGGUGCAAGACAAACCACUCUCCGUUGUCUGUGGCUUGACAGAUCAGAACACAGAAAAGGAGCUGUGGUGGUGACCUCUAACCUCUGCUCUUUUGCCAUUUUAAAGUCAAAUGUAUAUAGUUCCCACGAGCUAACUUACACUCAGUACUGUAUCUGUGGGUUCUGUCUUGUGUUGUUUUACUUUGGGGUGCUGGUUAUGAAAGAACGCAGAAGAGGAGAGGAUAAACAAUGGAUGCCAUUUAGACAUGAAAAACUCACCAUUUCGUUGGGAGCAAGUUGAACAUGUGUAAUAAAAUGUUUUUCCAUAA